AUGGGACGACGUAGCUUAGUGGCAGAGCACUUGAUUACUAACCCAGAGGUCUUGAGCUCGGAUACAGAGCACAGAGUGGAGCAUGAAGACGUCCACCAGAGAGUGGAGCGUGAAGACGUCCACCAGAGAGUGGAGCAUGAAGACGUCCACCAGAGAGUGGAGCAUGAAGACGUCCACCAGAGAGUGGAGCGUGAAGACGUCCACCAGAGAGUGGAGCAUGAAGACGUCCACCAGAGAGUGGAGCAUGAAGACGUCCACCAGAGAGUGGAGCAUGAAGACGUCCACCAGAGAGUGGAGCAUAAAGACGUCCACCAGAGAGUGGAGCAUGAAGACGUCCACCAGAGAGUGGAAAGCGAAGACGUCCACCAGAGAGUGGAGCAUGAAGACGUCCAUCAGAGAGUGGAGCAUGAAGACGUCCACCAGAGAGUGGAGCGUGAAGACGUCCACCAGAGAGUGGAGCGUGAAGACGUCCACCAGAGAGUGGAGCAUGAAGACGUCCACCAGAGAGUGGAGCGUGAAGACGUCCACGAGAGAGUGGAGCAUGAAGACGUCCACCAGAGAGUGGAGCAUGAAGACGUUCACCAGAGAGUUGAGCAUAUAUGUGACGAACAGGAUAUGCGGGUGCUGAUAUUAAUUCGGGGAUCGGCAAAACGAUACCCACUUCCAUCCAGCUGA